UCCUGCUGCAUCUGCGUGGAGGCGCCGGGACGGUCAGCCCGCGCCACCACCGGGGCUGCUCGUUUUGAAAAGUCCGUGCGCACUCCGCUUAUCUCUUCUCCACAACAAACCGCGAUGACAGCCGCAGACUCGGGCUGCAGGACUGUGCUUAAACCCCACAGCAGGGCUGUGAUUGGACCGCAUCACCUGAAAAAGUAACUCCGGGCUUUUAGAAAAGUUUGGUGCUGUAGAGCUUAUAGGGAAAAAGUUCCGUAGUCAUUUUUAUUUGUCAUAAAUGACUCAGAUUUAGAUCCAGUCACAGAAUUAGAUUGCAAUAGGUUUGUAAUUAAGUGAUAGUAAGCUUUGUCAGGAGCUCGCCGUCUAUUACAGUUGUUUUCACACUGUUUGUAUUAUGAUAAUACUGCAAAUCGUUUUCACCUGUAAUUAUAUUUAUAACAGCCACUGUAAAACCGCGUGCUUGUGAGGAGAGCCUAAACGGAACAUACAUAUUUAGAUAUUAUAUAAAAUUAACAAUAAAGAAAAAAAUUAUUUAGAAAAUGCCAAAACACACAUUUUCCAAUAUUUUUCAGCGCAUUUCCACCUUCUUCCUUUAGUUUGUGUAAUCCAGAUUCAAGGUUAUUUCCAGACAUAAAGGAUGAAAUCGUGCAAGAAAAGCAGGCUAAACUUCACCCACCACUACAUCCCUGUCACGCACCAUUAACAGAAAUGGAUUAGCGGUUCUGUAGCACCAGAAAAUUGUUCUAUAGGCUUAGAGCUCAUUAAAAGACAUUUAGAAAGAGGUCGAGAGUUCAAAAACUUUGCAUAAGAAGUUUUUGAGCUCAUUAUCUUGAGUGAUAAUUCUCAAGAGCCCCAAACGUGAACUUGAAAGCAGCAUUUCCAGAACACUUCACAGAAAUAAAGCCGCUCUUAAAGUCAGCCCAUCGCUCAGGUCGGCUGGAGGAUGCGGGCUGCUGCAGUUUCAGCAUUUUCCUCUCCGGCCACAGCGGUGGCCCUCUCGUCUGUCAACGCGAACGCGUCGGGUACUACUGCCGGACCUCUGUGGUCCUCGUGCGCGUUCACGGGCUCGCCGCACAUCCACAGUGUACUGUUCCGUCCGUGGCCAAGACUGUGAUGGUGCCCCUGCGUUUCCCCACUCGCUCUGGAAUACAACCGAUAGAAAAACAGACCACCGAGGCGAGAAACCCCGUCCUCAGGGCCUGAGCUGUUCCGGGGUCACGCAGACUGCUCCUAGAAACACCCGUGAGCCAUAAAUGAAAAUAGACCCGCAGCACCAACACACAGAUCCACCGAGACAAUACAACCGGACAGGACAGCGUCCCGGGACGGCCCACGAGAUAAGAAGUUAGUCCGUGAUGUUCAUGAAUUUUAAAGUGCAUCCUUAAGUGUGAAGAGGGUGUUGGAGCUGAAGCCUCUUAUUUCUGCAGCGGCAGCGGCUUCCUGGAGAUGAGCGCUUUUGUCUGUUGUGUGACCGCUGUGGCUUUAGGCAGAUCCUCCUCUGAUGAGAAUGAUGUCUUCCAUGCGAGCAACGCCUCCCUUUCAUCCACCGCCCGAGGAAGCAGAAGUGAUUGGUCAGGACAGUGCAGGCUGGGUUGGUGAUGAGCACGACGGCCCAAAGGAGACGGUGUCGCCUUCUUUGCAUGACCAGUCCCACCCAGAUGAACUGCAGCCAAUCAGAGAGAAACCAACAGACGCUGAGUGGGAGAGUGUCAGUCCUGCUGUGAUGGACAAUGAAAGCAGUAAAGGUGGCUCAGUCUACUCUUACCGGACUACCUCUACCUCUCCAACCAAGCCAGAGGAGUGUCCAAGGGAUCGCGGGGAGCCUGUGAUUGGCCUCGCCUUUGGGACGCCAGAGCGCCGCAAAGGGAGCCUGGCAGACGUGGUGGACACACUGAAACAGAAGAAGCUCGUGGAGCUGACCAAGACAGAGCAAGACGAACCCUCUUGCAUGGAAAGACUCCUCUCUAAAGACUGGAAGGAGCGCGUGGAUCGCUUGAAUGCCACUGAACUCUUGGGGGAGGUUAAAGGUACGCCAGAGUCGCUGGAAGAGAAGGAGCGCCAGCUUUCCACCAUGAUCGGUCAGUUGAUCAGCCUGAGGGAGCAGCUUCUUGCCGCCCAUGAUGAGCAAAAAAAGAUGGCCGCCUCGCAGCUGGAGAAGCAGAGACAACAGAUGGAGCUGGCCAGGCAGCAGCAGGAGCAGAUUGCCAGACAGCAGCAGCAGCUGUUGCAGCAGCAGCACAAGAUAAACAUUCUUCAGCAACAGAUCCAGGUCCAGGGUCAUAUGCCUCCUCUGAUGAUACCAGUGUUUCCUCACGACCAGCGGUCUCUGGCUGCAGCUGCCGCAGCACAGCAAGGCUUCCUUUUCCCACCAGGCAUGUCCUAUAAGCCAGGUGAGAAUUACCCAAUGCAGUUCAUUCCAUCUGCAAUGGCAGCUGCAGCAGCGUCUGGACUCAGCCCGUUACAACUACAGCAGCUGUAUGCCGCCCAGCUGGCAAGCAUGCAGAUCUCACCAGGAGCCAAGAUGGCUCCCCUCCCACAAGCUCCCAACUCCUCCAGUCCUCUUUCUCCCUCCACCCUCAAGAGCGAGAAGCGAGCAUCCAGCCCUGUCUCUCAGAUUAAGGAGGAAGGAUCCACACAGCCACUGAACCUCUCAGCUAGACCCAAGACAGCUGAACCUCUUCGCUCCCCGACAUCCCCAACACAGAGUCUGUUCUCUGGAAACAAGACCAGCCCCACAGGCAUGGGCAAAGGCCGCAUCCCCAGCCCAAUUCCCAGCAUGGGCCGGAACACCUCCCUGGACAUAUUGUCCAGUCUCAACUCCACAGCACUGUUUGGGGACCAGGAUGCAGUGAUGAAGGCCAUCCAAGAGGCCAGGAGCAUGAGGGAGCAGAUCCAGAGGGAGCAGCUCCACCAACAGCAGCAGCAGCCAGGACACCAGAGUCUGGAAGCAAAGCUAUCUGCCCUCAGCAGCAUGAACCUCAACAAUGGCAACAAGGAGCGGCUGCACUAUGAGACACUGAGCCAACACCUGGGGAAGCUCGGAGAGGAUGCUGGGAAGAUGGUUCAUCGAGUCAUUGACCUGACAAGACCAGAAGAUUUAGAUGGGAGUAACAUCGCAGAGGCACGGGUGUUCAGAGAGGCACGAGGCAGGAACAACAGCGAGCCCCACAUUAAGAGGCCCAUGAACGCCUUCAUGGUGUGGGCCAAAGAUGAGAGGAGGAAGAUCCUGCAGACCUUCCCCGACAUGCACAACUCCAACAUCAGCAAGAUCCUUGGCUCUCGCUGGAAAGCCAUGACAAACCAGGAAAAGCAGCCAUAUUACGAGGAGCAGGCCCGCUUAAGCAAGAUCCACUUGGAGAAAUAUCCCAACUACAAGUACAAGCCACGGCCCAAGAGAACCUGCAUCAUUGAUGGCAAGAAGCUACGCAUCGGGGAGUACAAGCAGAUGAUGCGUUCACGACGUCAGGAAAUGAGGCAGUUCUUUGUGGGGCCUCAGCCACCCAUUUCUCUGGGCAACAGUCCUGGAAGUGUAGGAGUUUACCCGGGUGCCAUAAGUAUGGCAACAGCAGCUACACCAUCCCCACAUCUGACCUCAGACUGCUCCAGCAACUCGGCCAGUCCUGAUCCUGCCAUCCCCGUCAUUCAGAGCACGUACGGUGUAAAGUCUGAGCCUGGCAGUGGAGGAGGCAGCAAUGGCAGUGUGAUCGGAGCCUUGGAUCUGCCCAGCGACCCCAAUAAUGGAGACAAUGACAUGGACAUGUAUGAGGACUUUGAGGAUGAGCCCAAGUCAGACUAUAGCAGCGACCACGAGACACAUGAGGCUGUCAGUGCCAACUGAGUAAGCUCAGGGUGUCAGAUGUAAAAAAAAGAGAACAACUCCCAUUAUAGUCAGAGACAUUUCUUAAAAAGACAUUUUAUUACUGAGACCUUCAGUUUAACUUUUCAGGACAUGUUGCGUCAUGCACCGAGCAUGCCCCAACAGGAUUUCAAAUCAGCUCAGACAUGCUCAGAAAGUUCUGGGAUAGUAUCUUUGAUGGACGCCCAUUUGAAGAAAUGGAAAAACGAAGGAAUAGGAAAAACGUGACCCAAGAACACAGUCUGAUCAAUCUUCAGAUGUCCAGCUGACAGUGAACUUCACUUUCCUCUACUUUGACAAUCUUAACAGGAGCGAGAGAAAAAAAAGAGUUAGACAACAGAGGAUGAGAGAAAAUGGGACAAAGAACAAACGAGCGACGAACACAUUGCUGUGUAGUUUGUGAAAGGGCAUGCAUGGAUUUCGAAGAAUUAGGAAUCGGUCCUCAACAGCUAUUUGGUCUUAAAUGUUUAAGGAGUGAUUUAGUUUUCAUUGUUAUGUAUUUACUUUUUGUCUUUUUUUUCCUUUUUGCUUUUUUGUUCUAUAGACUUUUUUUCUGACAGGUCACUGCCUGUACAAACUCUAGACUGUCGGAACUUGAAAUUUGGAAAGUUUUUAAUAUAAAUCCUAGCUCUUGUAACCUUAUAGUCUUACUUUUGUUUCUUACGAUUUAUUUGCUACACACUUUUUUUUCUGACAAACUGCUUACCUUACAUUACUGUUUCUUUUUUUUAAAUAUCCCAGCUCAGGUAUGAUGUGCCAGCUUGUGAAUGUGUUAUUUGUUUUGUUUGUUUUCAUACAAAAAGAGUGGUAGGACUGUCAAUGAAAUAAAGGGAGCAAAUUCCCUUACAUUAUUAUUAUUAUUAUUAUUAUUAUUAUUAUUAUUAUUAUUAUUAUUAUUAUUAUUAUUAUUAUUAUUAUUAAAUAAGUAAGUAAGUACCCAUAAAUUGUACAGAUUUUCUUCAAAUGUGCCAAACAUUCACAUUCACUCGGGAUGUUGUAGUCUUAAUUUCCAAUGCUGCAAAAGUCUUAUACAAUCAAUUUUUUCUAUUUGAUGAAGUGGGUUCCUACUCAUCAACUGCUGGCUCCCCUCCUGGCCCAAACACAAACAGUGCUCAGGGAGGUUAUUUUUUCAUCACACUUGCUUAGUCACACACACACACACACACACACACACACAGAAUGUCGUUCUCUGGCAGACCCUAUGGCUCUGAGACGUAGUUAGAAGAGCAGCAUCGAAGGCGCCUAUUCCUUUAUUCCACUGCACUAGUGCUUCCAUAAACCACACUGCCCAAUGUUCUUUGAGGCCAAAUGCAUUAAGUGCAGUGCAGUAUUAGAAAUGUUUCUGUCCCUUUAAAUCAGGCUAAAGGUAAAGGUACCUUUGAAUCUGUUCAUUCAGUUGGAAUAGGAAGAUGAAGGUGCACCCCUGGAUGACCCUACUGUAGGAUAAGAAAUUGUAAUAUCAUAAAUCCCUUCACUUUAUUGUGUUUAGCAUUGGUACAAAAAUGUAACAAAUAUUACUUCUUUUAUUAGCUUGUUAAUUUUUAAAUGUCUUCUUAGCAUUAUGUUGGAAAUAUAUGCCAAACUUGUGUUUUAAAAAAUUAUUUAUAUAGAAAAUGGGUUUAAUAGGUCCGCUGUUUCAAAAGGGUACCUUUUUUUCUACACUGCAUUUGUAUUUUGAACAUGAGCAAAUUAUUAAGAGAACAUUAGCGAAGGGGAAAGGUGCUUAACCAGUCUGCCUCUCAGUAACCACCGCCCCAGUCAGAGCACACAAGUUUUUCCACUCAUCUGAAGAUGUUUCUCUAUUGUCUCGACGCAGCACAGCAGUCAGCAGUCCCUGUUUUACUCAAAUGUCUCUGCAGACGAAUCUUAGUUUUACUCUUUUCAAAGCAUUCUCUGAAAUUUUUAAUGUUUCCAUUCUUAAAACGUGUGACCUCGGGUGGUUUCUGGGUGCUCUGUUCAGCUGCUUCGGUCAUCUUGAUCCCAAAUUUCUCUUCACGACCAUAUCUGGCGGUUUUUACUUGGAAAAUGCUUCACAAGCUGGGACUGAACACUGAUUUUGCUUGUGUUACAUAAAAAAAAGCCUCGUGCAUAGACAUUUCUGUUAGUCUCAUACACAUCCUAAGCACUGGAUAUGAAUCUGUUUUUUUGUUUGUUUUUGUUUUUUAGUAUUGACUAAUGUGAAGUUGUUGUUUGAUUUUUAAACAUGAUAUAUUAGUCAGUUAAAAGUCACAUUUUUGAAGCCUGGUACAUGCGAGGCACCAGUAAAUUGCCAUUUCUUUGGAAGCAUUUCAUUUAUUUAAGCAGAUCUUGUUGCCGCAGCUCUAGUAUCACCUGAAGGGGUCUCAUCGCCUCUGAUCUCUUUGGAAAGGUAACCUCAUGCUCUCGUCAGUUGUGACCCGCAGAGGAAGAACAUAGCAUUUCCUGGUCACACACAUUUUUUUUUUUGUGAUGAGUAUUGUAUUUGAAAUCCAAUUGUGCAUUUUAACAUUUCAUUGUAUUUAUUAGCCAGCUUUGGCUCUAAAAAGUGUCAGUACAACUUGGUGAGAAAGACAAUCAAAAAAUAUAUAUAAAUAAAAAAAAGUAAAGACUUGAGAUUUUUGCUUUUAUUUUUUUCAUGUAUUUAAUUUUGGGUGGGAAAAAUAUUUUGAAUGCUUUGUAAAAUUUGCAGAAAACCCCCCACCAACAUAUUGUGUUCUGUGUAUGAAAGCGAUGCGCGCAACUUUACAGGUAGUGGUGCAUGAAUUUUUAUUUCCAUUGCUCUAAAUAGUACCCUUACUUUCCAGGGAUCUAAUAAUUUCCAACACAAGGCUGUCUGUUUCCAAAGUUGAGCUAUUCCACUCGCUCUUUAUAUUUUGGUGGCCCAUUACGGUAAAUGUGGCCUAUUGUUCCAUUGUGCGUGCGUGCGUGUGUGAGGUAACGCCACACAUUCUGACUGUGCUGUGGUGUAUACGGCACGGCGCCGGUGCUCGCUGCAGCCAAUCCCAGCAUUUCAGAGAGAGAAACAGAGAGCUUAGCCAUAUGCAGCCACAUCAUAAAUCUAAUUGUAAUUCCCAAAUCAACUGUAGCGUCACCCAGCGAGGGGCGCCGGCAAGUUUGUCACACACUCCUUUGUGAGCAUGUGUGUGUGUGCUAUUCUAUAGCGUUUAGUUGGGAGGGGUGUUUGAAAUCAUACUUGCACUGUUGCCAUGCUAAGCUUUUUAAACGGGUCAUCAUAACUUACAUUUCCUUUUUCCUUUCUUCAAGAUGAACAUUUAGUUGUUUUCAAGUUGACAGGGUUUUUUUUUGGGCGUAUGUGCACAGUUGGUGUGAGCAUAAGCGAAGCUUUCAGCACCUCAACAAAGGUUAGUGUAGCUUGUUACAGCACAGUUAUAAUUUCAAGUACAUUCCUGCAGUAAUGUAUACAAACUUAUUUAUCCCUUAACAUUUCAUCCCUGAAGGAAAAUGAUGUAAUCCUCUGUUUCCAUUAACUUUUCCCAGUUGUUGUAGCUACUGGUAGCUAAAUGCACAACUAGCAACAGUGGGUUGCAGUGAUAUAUUUUAUGGUCAUUUGCACAAACUGUGUCCUCCAUAACAGGAUCAGUUGUACUAUAUCAAUCAAAGAACUUCAUGGACAUAACUAAAAUGACUUGACAGCCACACACCAAAAGAAAACUAAAUGUUUUGCAGUAAAGCUCUACACCUUGGCUAAUAACGUUGGCAACCGUUUCUUUCAUAUAAGGCAGAAAUGUACUUAUUAGUAAACUUAAAGUGUGUGAUUAUAGACUUUGAAUUUACCUUUCUUUUCUCAUAGGUUUCGUGUGUGGGGGAUGAUGAGACAUAUUGAGAUGCUUUCUUCAUGGAAACCUGGUCUUGGUUGGGCCCUCUAGGCAAAUUCACUUUUUGAUUUUUAAAAACCGUCUUGAAGACUAGAAAGAACCACAUCCUUUCUUUUUCCUCUCUCCCCACCAAUUGGGCAUUUAGAUCAAGAGAAUUAUAAAUUGUUAUUACAAAGGAGGAGCCCCCUUCAGACGUGUUGGAGAGGCUCUUUCAAUGAGGCAUCAAAGCCAGCCCGUUUAUGAUCAUUGAGGCUCCACUACUCAUUAAAGCACACAGAAUGGUCACGGUGCUGCAGCACACUACAUCCUCUUUGAGCUCAUGAUGCUUAAUCAUUAAAAUGCUUUUGAUUUAAAGGAGACUAAUUGACCCUUUCACUCCUGUCGAGUUGAUCAUGUUUCACAAUGGGUGCCACUUGUGUGAUGUAUCAGGUAAAAAGUCGUCUAGAAGUCUACGUAUGAUUUAGAGGUUGUUUUUUCCUAACUGUUCUUUUAACUACAUUGUGAAAUUAGGCAGCAGCGUUUUCCCUGCAAAAACUUUCCUCAUGGACUACAAGUAUUUGUAGCAACUCGGUAUAUUUCCACUGCACUUUUUGGCAAAAAGAGGACGCCCCCCAAGAAAAAUUCCUUGUCAGGGGGAAAGUUGUUUUCUCUGAAAGUUCAGGUGCACUUGGGUUUGGUUUGCAGCCAUGAACAUUUCCGAGUCGAGUAUUUUAUCUCUCUCAUGUUAUUUCUCUGCUGUAGCUUGUAAAAUGCUGUUGAAGUGUUUAGAUUUAAGAAGCUUUAAAUAACUCAAGAAUAGCAUAAAAAAAAAAUUACAAUCAACAAGAGCACAGCUUGAAUCUUCUCCAUGCUCACUGUUUUUGUGAUAUUGCCUGGCUUUUGAUCUCUUGCAUUUCCGCCACCUAAUGCAGCGCAGUGGUGCAGUUAGUUGUAUGGUCACGUGAAUAUGAUAUCUAAAACAAGCCUUUGCUUUUACAUACACCAGAGGUUUUAUUUUCCCAACUGAAAAGCAAUACGAAACAAAAACAGUUUAAAAUAUUUUUUUUUUAAAUCUCUUAAUAAAGUUAAAUAUUUCUGGGUAUUUGGGGCAGAAACACGGCUUCCUCCCCUAAAUUUGACACAAAUGAAAGUUUAUAGUCUAUAUAUGCUUGCACUUUACCGUUACAUUUAAAUUAUUUUCACAUGCACAAAACACACAAAUUCCACAUUUUUUCAGACGUCUGCUGUCUUGUAGGUCUUGAUGGAAAAUCACAGACUGUAUAAAGAAGAUGGUCAUACCCUUCGUGAGAUUAUCUCUUUUUGAAGCUUAUCAUGGUCAGCUAUGGUUCUUCACUGAGAAACUGAGGUAGUUACUCAUCAAACCCAAUGCCCUGUGUUAUACUUCUUUUGGAUCCUAAUUGGGGCCCUAAUAUACAAAUGGACAUAAGGCGGUAUUUAACAACACUUCAAAUGAGCAACUGAGCUGAUAAACUAACUGGGAAAGUGGAAGUCAUAGAUGAAGGAGCAAUAAGAUUUUUAUACUUUUCUCACAUUACUCUUUAAAAUAUAACUUUUUGUGAACAAGGGAGCUGCAACCUAAUUGAUUAAAUAAUGAGGGUUUCUAAACGCUAAGAGACAGCUUUUCGAGUUAGCCUGUUAGCACACAGUUUGCAAACUGGUAGAAAAAAUGAACAGCUGGGGUUGAUGGAAAUGCCUUUAGUUUUGAACUUGCUAUACUGAAUAGUUGGUGACGUGGCUCAUGUGUUUUGAAAAAAAAACAGGAGAAGGUUUGACUUUGUGAAUUUAGAAAUGGAACUGAGAAAGUGACAGCACUCUAUAUAAUAUAGGAACAAAAAGCAUGCGUUGUGCAUUGUAUGUAACAUGUAUAACAAAUGAAUUUAUAGUAAAACCUUCCCUUGAGUAUAUUGUUGCUAAUGUAAGUUGAUUACAAUUGCAAACUGGGUACUUAUUAGAAUUCCAAGGGUCAACAGCCUUGUCAGUCAUUUAACAAUAACCAAAAAGCUAAAUGCAAUGUCUGAAUAAAAGAGAAUCAUACAAAAAAGCCCUUUGAAAGGAAUUGCUUUCACAGGUUUUUUUUCCCUGGUUUCUAUGUCUUUGAAACAUUGCAUAAAGGCAUAUACUUCUUUUUUUAAUGCAAUUAAAAGUGAAAGAAAAAAAUCUACAGCACUUUUUCAGGAAAAUAGGCAAUGGACAAAAGGCCAAUUUUUUUCUUUUUGAUCCAAAGUCCUUGGGUCUUUUUAAGUGCAUUAGUCCGCUAAUUAAAUAUUAUAUGUUUAACGAAAAAUGCCAGCAUGAAAGCAGCUGGAUUGUUUGACUCAAAGACACGGCUGCAGCCUUGAUGAGUGGAACUGUGCGCGACCAUGAGGAGGUAAAGAACGCCAUUGUAGCUAGUCCUCCCCUCAUUUGACCCGCCAUAAUCCUUUCUACUGAUUUUACAAUCACAUUCCCUUUUGUGCUCCCUUCACAGAUAAAGACAGUAGAAGCAGUUAUAGAGUGGAAGGACUCAUUGACAUUUGUGAGCAUGUCACAUGUACUUUGUAAAGACCGAUGUGUUUGAUUGUGAGUACACACAAACAUAUCAUUUACCAAUCAAAACUGUUUGAAGGACAAGUUACCAACCAUUUAUCCUACAAGGAACCAACAUUGGAAAAGAAAAGUCUUAUGGAUAAAAUCUCUCACUUAACAUAACAUUUCCAGUUAUCAUAGUCAUAUUUUAAUCUCUUCCAUUGUAAAUUCCAUAUUUGCCUCCUGCUUUUGAUUUUCUCACUCAGUCUCAAGAGUUUUGACCCCUCAACCUUUUUUUGUUCUCUGCCGCAAAGCUUUUCAUCUCAAGCGUUUAUAUGCGUAUACUGGCCAAUGCCUGUUGCGUUAUAACAUUUAGGCCCAAUGCCGUCAUUCAAUACUGCAGGAUGUACU